CUCAGAGCUGAGUGAACAUCAGGGUGAGAGAGAGGGAGAGGAAGCAAGAGAAAACGCGCAAUAGAGGGAGACUGUACACACUAUAGCAUCAGUAUGUGACUGCUGGUGCCUGAUAACGCUGAUAUCGAGCUCCUUCAGUGGACAACUUGCUGAGCUACAUUUUUUCAUUUGCAAGAGGAUGCCAGCUCUAAUCCAGUGCAAUUGAUAACAGACUGGACAUUGGAAUAGUUCAUUUUACUUAUAAUUACAUCUUUGACGUUCUGCAUCUCUGAAGAAAGGCUUAUUACGGAAGACAAAAAUUCAUUCUGUCCCCUUAGCUCACAUAGCACUGAUGAUAUACAGAGUUUGAUCUUCCAGUGAAAGCUGCUGCAUUAUCAGGCUUCUCACAUCUUUGGUGGAGACUUGCAAGAGUGUUUGACAGAAAAUAUACUUCUAAGCUCUUGGUUAGUCAUCAACUAGUUGUUUGGCUUCCUGUCAAUUUAGGAUGAAAACCAUCUUGGCACAAGUUCAAAAGAAGAUUUUUCAGUGAAGUGUUACACAACAAAUUCAAGACCAGAAGACAAAAAGGCAGCUGAGGUAGUAAUUCUUCGGAAGAAUUAAACCACCAAUGUCUUUGAGGUGUUGUGAAAUGAGCAGAGAAUGAAUUUCAUUUGAAGUAAUCGGAGAGGAGAAGCACAGCCUUCUUGCUAGAGCACUGGUCUGGAGUCCAAGAAGAAGCAAAUCUCUGGAUUGCUCCAUAUUUUUCUCCUUGCUAAAGAAGUAUCAACAAUGCAGCUAAAGAGGCAGUAGGUUUGAUUUGGCAAGUCAUUUGGAAAAGGAGGAGUGGAGAAGUGCCCUGUAACUGCUGAACAAUAGAAAAUGGUCGGCUGUGGAACUCUAUUGUGAAGAUCUCAGAAGAAAUAUCAAUUUUUCCAGAAAGCUUUUCAUAAUGUAAAUAUAAUUUGAGCUUUCCCAAAUGGGCAGAUAAACAAUGAACAAGCAGAAAACCCCAUUUUGGACUGUAUUUCUGAACCAGGCUUCACCUUCUGUCUCGGGAACUUAUUAAAGGAUUACAGCUGAAAAAGACAAGAUAAAGAAAACCUUGAACAGGAAUUUUAUCCUACAAUGAGAAUUACAAGUACAUCUUGUAUCUGCCCAGUCCUAGUUUGUCUCUGUUUUGUGCAGAGGUGUUACGGAGCUGCUCACCAUGGCUCCAUCAAGGUGACUAGAAAUCAAACCAAACAUGUAGAAGGCGAAACAGAAGUGCAUCAUCGUCCCAAGCGUGGAUGGGUGUGGAAUCAGUUCUUUGUUUUAGAAGAACACAUGGGACCAGAUCCUCAGUAUGUAGGAAAGCUGCACUCCAAUUCCGACAAAGGUGAUGGAUCAGUCAAAUACAUUCUUACUGGAGAAGGGGCGGGCACUAUAUUUAUUAUUGAUGACACGACUGGAGACAUCCAUUCAACCAAAAGCCUAGAUCGAGAGCAGAAGACACACUAUGUGCUUCAUGCCCAAGCCAUUGAUAGACGGACAAACAAGCCACUCGAGCCUGAAUCUGAAUUUAUUAUCAAGGUGCAGGAUAUCAACGACAAUGCACCAAAAUUUACAGAUGGACCAUACAUUGUUACUGUGCCAGAGAUGUCUGAAAUGGGUACAUCUGUUCUACAGGUGACAGCCACAGAUGCAGAUGACCCUACAUAUGGAAACAGCGCCAGAGUUGUGUACAGUAUUCUUCAGGGACAGCCAUAUUUUUCUGUUGACCCUAAAACAGGAGUCAUCAGGACUGCCUUGCACAACAUGGACAGGGAAGCCAGAGAGCAUUAUUCCGUUGUCAUUCAAGCCAAAGAUAUGGCUGGGCAGGUCGGAGGGCUGUCAGGGUCAACAACUGUAAAUAUCACACUCACUGAUGUCAACGACAAUCCACCCAGGUUUCCUCAGAAACAUUACCAACUCUAUGUUCCUGAAUCAGCUCAAGUUGGAUCAGCUGUUGGCAAGAUCAAAGCAAAUGAUGCAGACACUGGUUCAAAUGCGGACAUGAAGUACACGAUCAUAAAUGGUGAUGGCUCUGGGGUGUUCUCCAUAUCUACUGACAAAGAAACAAGGGAGGGAAUUCUUUCCCUGAAGAAGCCUCUCAACUAUGAAAAAAAGAAAUCAUAUACACUUAAUAUUGAGGGAGCAAAUACUCACCUUGAUUUCCGCUUUUCGCACUUGGGACCAUUCAAAGAUGUAACAAUGCUGAAGAUCAUUGUUGGCGAUGUGGAUGAACCUCCACUCUUCACUAUGCCUUCCUACGUCAUGGAAGUUUAUGAAAAUGCAAAGAUUGGGACUGCUGUUGGCACAGUAACAGCACAAGAUCCUGACACUGCCAACAGUUUAGUGAGAUAUUUCAUUGAUCGUAACACAGAAGAAGAUAGGUAUUUCACCAUUGAUGCUAGUACUGGGACCAUUAAGACUGCCAAGAUCUUUGACAGAGAGGAGACACCUUGGUACAACAUCACAGUGGCUGCUUCUGAGAUAGACAAUCCUGGGCUAGUGAGCCAUGUUCCAGUUGGUGUUAGAAUCCUGGACAUCAAUGACAACCCUCCAGAGCUCGCCAGAGAGUAUGAUGUAGUCGUUUGUGAGAAUGCAAAGCCUGGUCAGGUAAUUCAGACUAUCGCUGCAACUGACAAAGAUAACUCUGCAAAUGGGGCAAGAUUCCAUUUUUCCCUUGAUGAAGGGCUUUCUCUGAAUCCCAACUUUACUCUAAGGGACAAUGAAGAUAAUACAGCCAGUAUCCUGACAAGACGAAGGAGAUACAGUCGAACCACUCAAGACAUCUAUUACCUCCCAGUUUUGAUUUCUGAUGGCGGAGUGCCCCCUCUCAGCAGCAGCAGUACUCUCACAAUUAGGGUUUGUGCAUGUGAGAGAGACGGACGAGUGAGAACUUGCCAUGCUGAAGCUUUCCUCUCCUCAGCUGGCUUGAGCACAGGAGCUUUAAUCGCAAUUCUGCUCUGUGUUGUCAUUCUCCUUGUUUUUUCUUUAGCAAUUGUGGUCCUUUUCAUCACCCUAAGACGUAGCAAGAAGGAGCCCUUGAUCAUUUCAGAAGAAGACGUCCGGGAAAAUGUUGUGACAUAUGAUGAUGAAGGUGGUGGAGAAGAAGACACAGAAGCAUUUGACAUCACAGCACUGCGGAAUCCAUCGGCUGCUGAGGAGUUAAAAUACCGGAGGGAUGUUCGUCCUGAAGUGAAGCCUGUGCUCAAGCAUCAUCCCUCCUCGAGCCUUGACAGUAUAGAUGUUCACGAGUUCAUUAAACAAAGACUGGCAGAGGCUGAUCUGGACCCCAGUGUGCCCCCAUAUGACUCCCUACAGACAUAUGCCUAUGAGGGUCAUAGAUCAGAAGCUGGAUCUAUCAGCUCUCUGGAUUCAGCCACCACACACUCUGACCAGGAUUAUAAUUACCUUGGAGACUGGGGACCUGAGUUCAAGAAGCUAGCUGAACUCUAUGGGGAAAUAGAAUCAGAAAGAACAACUUAGUUGUAAUUCCCAGAACAGAGAAGUUCCUAAACAACUGGAGAUAUAAUGACAGCAACAGUAACAAAAAAUACAUACAGUACUUGGAACUGAGCAAGUUGUACGGAGUUGCUGUAGAACAAGUGCCCUUUUCAUAUUUGAAACUGGGUUCUCCAAUUGGAAGAAAGUCAGAUUUUGAAAAAUACAGAAAAAGAAGCUAUUGUCCCUGUGUAUGUUUUCUAAUUGCUUAAUAAAGUCCAUGGUACCAUAUCUGUAAUAAUAUCUAAAGUAAAGCCAAGCAAUGACAUUUUUAUUGCAAUAUGCUUAACACCUCCAAGCUGCAGUGAGUUUAUGGUCAUGCCUGUUUAAGAAGAUAGCUAACGGAGGAGAAAAUCUCUUGCAGGUGGUUGUGAUGUUGCAUUUCUACCUGUGCUCUAGGCCUUGUGAUCCCAGUGUGAGGUAGCCAGUGAGGUUUACUGUCGGUGGGAGAAGUGCUAACAGCGUUUCCUUCACAGAAGGAAUAAGCCAGACCUGUCCUCUCAAAUAAAUGGUCCUUUGAUGAUUUAAUCUUAUUGAAUUAGCAGGUUGCAUUGAGAUGUUGUCAUUUCAUGAUGUCCGUCAUAAUCUUGUCAUCUAUAACCAGCUAACGGAGGAAAGGUAUCAUUAGCUGUUAGCUCAAACAUGGCGCUAGCCCAUAACUCGAGACCUGCUCUGUUACUGCGUGCUAAAGGAACUGUUGUUUCCAGUGUUCUGCUUUUUCUUUUUGUAUUUUCAUGGGAACAUCAUUCAUUUAAAUGGAAUGGGUCCAAAGUACCCUUUAUGCAGUGAAGCAGAUGAAGCAUAGGCUCUUUCAAUAAAAACAACAAUGGCAGCACCAUUAAA